AUGGAGCUCUCCGUCCCAGAGCAUCCAGUAGCUCCUGUUGAGAUAGACUUGACCGGGACCUUUGAGCAGAUACACGGCAUGCCAAAGGUCAACUUGAGAUGGCGCACGCCGAUGGAAGAGCCGACCUCGAGAAUAGAGUCCCUCCCACAACAAUUGUUCAUGCGCAUCAUGAUGUACUGCGGGUACAGAGAACAGACUCUGCUAAAGGAAUGCAGCCACAGGCUCUACCGUAUGGUAGAUCUCGAAGCAAUCCCCUGGGAGGUCAAGACCGAGGCUAUCCUCUGCGAAGAACGCGAUAAUCCCAAGAACUUCCCCAAGAAAGAGCCGAGAGCACAGAACAAGAAUGAGCCCAACGAGGAUGGCGGGAAUGCAGAAGCUGCCUCCUCUGAUACAGAAACAACUUCACGGACAAGCGCUGUCGACAGCAAGAAGAACAAUGACAAGACAGCCUCGGACGGACGGAAGCCGGCAAAGGGCAGAUCAAAGCAGACCAACAGCAAGUCCAAGUCCAAGCAAGCAGCCGACAGACCCAAAGCCCACCCGGACACGUAUGGAAAAUGGGGCUGCUAUUGUUGCUAUAAAGUCCUGCCGGCACAUUACUUCGAGGGCCAGCUGCUGGAAGACAAGGAGAGUCGGGUCGCGAAAAACCAAGAUGCAACGAGGGCGAACGCUGACGAGGCCGACAAGAAGGUCGACAUGCGGGUCGAAUACGUCCAGAUUCUCGGUGUUGUUCCUGGUGGGAAGCUGCCGGACUGGCUUACAACAGAUAUGCGCACAGUACAAACAAACAAUAUGGAUGACUACGUGCGGCAAAGGAUGGAGAGAGGAGUAAACCAAGACGACCUCAGGGCCUACUACAGAGACAUCAACAGGGAGAAGCACCUUGUCGCACCGCUCCGGAGCGUCAACCCAACAUUCACCAUCUUGCCAAACAGUUCUCCGAAGUUGAAUCAAGAGCAUCUUGGGCACCUAAUCAACAACGACAAGAAGUCGAGAAACGCAAUUGACUCGACUGGCGGCAACAAUAUCAACAACCCAACAAAAGCCACUGCUUUCACCGAGAACAUUGGCUCUGGGUUUGAUGCGGGAUCCCGCAGGCCGCUCUAUAAGCUGCCAGCUAACAAGGCUGCUCGAGGAGGGCUCGAGGCUGGAGGUUACACAUACGAGCUCUUUGCCCCCCGGGGCAAGCUUCAAGAUGAAAGAUACUACGAGGAGCCGACCAUGCCAGAUACCAAGCAGGUCGGCCACAUUUGUCUUCCGCAGAAGAGUUCUGAAGACGAGAAGUUGGGUAUACCUUUGGGACCUCAGGUUGGAGAUGUGGUCUCGCUACGUCGGGUGUGUAUUCCUUGUGGCACCAAGUUUGCGGUCUACAGGAGGGAUUGCAAUCGCAAGAUUAUCAGCAAGACCCAGGAGGCCUGGUGGGUCUGUGACUGUAAGCAGGUCAGACUUGCUGGAAUGAGCGAUGGCUGCAAGGCAUGUGGCAGCAAGGUCAUCUACUAG